AUGAAUGAAUUUAAGGACAAUCAAGAUCUUGUUUGUCUAUUAAUCUUCAUUUAUUUACGAAGUCGCAAGAAAAAAAAUUGUGAUGGACAAUUUUCGCUCGAUUGGGAUAACGAUCGUUAUCAGGAUGGUGCGAAUCAAAUAAUUCAUCAGCUAUUGAACCAUCAACAACUGUCCUUAAUUGGGAUUCUUUUCCGGAAGAUCAAAUUAGAAUUUGAACUUGUUACUAAAGUGGCAUUAAUGGUUGCUACUGAACGUAUUCGGAAGUUUCUGGAUAACAUUAUUUCAUAUGAAAUCUAUGGUAAAUUACCUGAUGAAAAUGUACAUAUGAAUAAUAUCUAA